AUGCUGCUGCGCGAGCUGCCGUUCACGCUCGCAAAGUUCUUCGUCUUCGACGCCACCACGGACGCGAUCUCCUCCUCGCUCCCCGCGCUGCAGGAGUACGGCGGCGCGUCGGCGCUGCUCGCCGGCGUCAUCGCCGGCGUCGUCUCUGGCUUGCUCACCACGCCAGCCGACACGCUCGUCACUCGCCUCUCGGAUGCGCGCGCGCGCGGCGAGGAGGCGGGGCUGAUAGAAACGGCGCGGAGUAUCCUCGCAAACGAGCCCGCGGCGCUCUUCUCGGGGCUCGCGCCGCGCUGCUUGCUCUUUGGGGCCACCAUCGGCGGGCAGUACUUGCUCUACGACUUUUGGACGCGCCUCUUCCGCGUCAACCCCGACGACCUCAACCUCGUGCUCGACAUCUUCGCCGACCGCAUCUCCUUCUUGAAUACGUAG